AUGACAGCCGCAAUCCGCAAAUUGCGGAAUAACCCUCAUUUCCUCUUCGUUCGUCUGCCGCAUAUUCUCUCGUUCGUCUGCAUAAUCGCCGGAGUGAUCUGGCUUCUUCUCCUCCCUCUCAACGAAUACUCCCGUGGAACCUACAUCUCCGAGAACGCGCUGUUACCCGGCCAGGUCCAUGCCUAUUUCUCAGGCAGCGAACAGCAUAUCUUCCGAGGAUACAAGAAUGAGUUAGGGGGUCUAUUACCUGAGAGAGCCCAGGGGGAAGGGCAGGAGUGGACGAAUGCUGAAUUGACCCCAGUGAUUUGCGAAAAGAUACAAUCGAUUCUACGAGCUGCUGGUCUGAAGGUCGCGAUGCAGAAUUACGAAUACACUUCCUCGGGGAUCACGCAUCAAGGACAGAAUGCGUAUGGAAUUAUUCGCGCGCCGCGAGGGGAUGCCACGGAGGCAAUUGUUAUAGUUGCAGCCUGGAAAACAAUAGAUGGCGAAUUGAACCUGAAUGGUGUCACUCUUGCGUUGACGCUGGCGAGAUACUUUAAACGGUGGUCUCUAUGGUCGAAGGACAUUAUCUUUUUGAUCACUCCCGACAGUAAGACUGGUACACAGGCCUGGAUCGAUGCCUAUCAUGACAUGCAGCCGCCGUCUGUCCAGCCUCUGCCGUUGAAGAGCGGUGCGUUGCAGGGAGGUCUGGUAGUCGAAUACCCCUUCGAUCAUCGCUUUGAAUCCUUGCACAUCGUCUACGAUGGAGUCAACGGUCAGCUGCCCAACUUGGAUCUGUUCAAUACGGCCGUGUCAAUCGCUGGCGGCCAGAUGGGGAUUGGAUCCAGUUUGCAGGAGAUGUGGGACCAUAAUGAUAGCUACGAAAAGCGCCUGCAAACCAUCAUGAGAAGCAUGGUCAAGCAAGGAUUCGGAUACGCUACUGGGGCACAUAGCAGCUUUAUGCCCUACCAUAUCGAUGCAAUCACUUUGCAGACUAAGGGAGAAGGCUGGCAGGAUGAAAUGGCCUUGGGUCGGACGGUCGAGAGUCUCUGUCGCAGCUUGAACAACCUCCUGGAACAUCUGCAUCAGAGCUUCUUCUUCUACUUGCUGAUGCAAACCAACCGCUUCGUCAGCAUUGGCACCUAUCUCCCUAGUGCGAUGCUGAUCGCCGGCAACUUCACUAUCAUGGCGAUCGCCCUAUGGAUGCGGACUGGCUACUACAAGGAUUCCCAGGCGAUUCCUAACAUUAGCUCUCGGGAUGAGAGGUCACAGAAUAAGCCAGUUAAGUCUCAAGACACUCGUGAUGCGAACAAUGACGUUCUUGAAGAGAAGACCGCUUCCCAUGGCGUUACGGAACGUCAAGUAGCACUUCCGCUUACCUUCGUCUUGAGUCUUCACUUACUAGGCCUGGUUCCUCUAUACAUCUUUAACAGUCUAUCCUACAAGUAUUUCACCAACGCUACCUACAUCUGCAUAGCAGCCGAUGCCAUCCUCCCCAUCCUUCUCGCAACCAUAUUUACCCAAGGCACCGUAUCGCUGAAACGUCAACAACAACACCUUCUGAUCAAAUCCUUCUCUCUCCUUCUUCUCGGACUUUUCCUCUCCACCCUCGCCAUGCUGAACUUCUCUCUCGCAUUCAUGGUCGGCUUGCUCUGUGCCCCGCUCAGCUUUAUCACUCACGUCAGCCCCCAGACCAAUGCAUCUCUCCGAUACGCCCUCUCCACGAGCGGGCUCCUCAUCCUGAAUAUACUUUCUCCCCCGGUUGUCCUUCUGGUGGCAUGCUGGUAUACGAGCAUCUCGGUGGAGACUGUCUUGACUCAGGCCGCUUUCGGAUGGGAUGUCUGGGGCAUGUGGACUCAGGUGGUGACAUUCUUGGCAUUUUGGUCCACUGGUGGUGAUUCCAUGAUGACCUUUACCGACGUGAGUGAGCCCGUUGCUCGUGGUGCUGCUAUUGAGGGACUGAUGAGCCGCCAUACCGUGCUGUAG